CACGUUGAACUGUCAGACUCCAUCAUCUCUCUCUUUGUCUCAGUGUUAUUUUCGCACUGAAAGAGGAAAACCUGUCAAAAGCUUCUCUUGUCUAAAGACAUUGACAGGGACUGAGCUGCUGGAGAUGACACGUCAGAGUUCACCUGCUCAGGUCAAAGUGACAUGUUUUUACCUUAACGUGUCUCAAUCUCCUGAAAGUGACAUGUCCUCCAUCAUCAUUCGAACAUCUCUUCCACCUACACUGACAGUGUAUCCGGCGGUGAUCAACGACACAGACUCAGUCACUCUGAACUGUCAGACUCCAUCAACUGUUUCUGUGUCUCAGUGUUAUUUCUACACUUUGAGUGGAAAAGCUGCCAGAGAGCUACCAUGUCUGAAGACACUGACAGCGACUGAGCUGCUGAAGACGGCACAUCUGAGUUCACCUGCUGAGGUUCAAUUGACGUGUUUUUACAACGUAAUGGUUGGAGGGUUUUAUUAUCCAUCUCCACACAGUGGCACAUCCUCCAUCACCAUACACAGUCAUAAACCAAAGAUGAGUGGAGAAUAUUUUCCUGGUGACUCUGUUGUCUUCAUUUGCAUUCCGCCUGGAUUUGCGAAUGAAAACACUAGAUGUAACCUGUACUUUGGAGAAGCAACUCAUCCAGAGCUAACAAGAAAAACAAUGAAGAAAAUGAACUCCAAAAAUCAAUGGUUCUGCCACUUUACUCUUAAAAUGAAUGAAUUGCUGAGAAGUCUUCGUACAGUUCAACAAAGUGAUGCCAGCUGUGAUUACAGUUUGGGAAGUGACCCCAACUCUUUGUCCCCUCGCAGUGAUCGAUACAGUCUGACUGAUAUUGUGGAAAAAGAGCCACACGUGACGCCAGCUAUGCCAACACUAAUGAUGACCACAGAUCUGACUGUUAGCAGCCCUCGUGCUUUCACUACUGGACCUCCCGUGACAUUAGGGUGGACUGUUACAACACCACACAGCACUGGUAGUUUUUCUACUUCAGUAAAAAAUAUAUACUGA